GCUUGGUGACCGAUUAGUUAAUUUAUCGAUGGUUGCUUAUCAUCAUUUGGAUGAUUAUGAUGAUUUUGAUGCACAAGAUGAACAAGAAGAGGGCGUAAAGAAUGGAGAGACCAAAAUCACGGAAUUAUCUUCAUUGGUGAACGGUGGGCAACAAAUUAUAAAACAAAUGAAAUGUGAAGAGUAUUCGAUUAUAUUGUCCAAAAAUGACCGAAAAAGUGUGGGAAUGUUUUACGAGAAGUGCAGCAGAUUCUUUACAAGCGAUAAGAAUAACAUUGAAUAGCUCAACAAUGGUACGGGAUCCAUCAACAAUAGUAUCUUUAUUUGGAAAAUAUUGUAAAAAUUUAAGAACAUUUGAUAUAGAUACAUAUAAUAUACAAAUUUCGAAAGAAUCAGCGUUAUUAAUGUUGGAAAAUUGUAAAAAAUUAGAAACUUUAGAUAUUUCAGCAUCAAGUAAGAUAGCUCCUUUGCUGUAUAAAUCACAAUCUAUUAAUUCAUUGUAUUUAUCAUAUCCACAAGAAGGACAAGAUUUAAAUCAAAUUAAAGAAAUGAUGGAAAAUUUAACGAGAUUAUCAUUCUUAAAAAUUGAUGGUAAAUGUAAUCUUUCAUUUUUGAAAAAUUUUCCAAACUUGGAUUAUUUACAGAUUGGAGAUUUUGCUAACAUGGAUGAUGAGGGAUUUUUAAACAUAUCAAAAACAAAAAUAACAGAAUUAAUAUUGGUUAAAACACCAAAAAUAUCAGAUGAAGCGUUAAGCAUGAUGAGUCUAAUGCCAACAUUAAUUAAAUUUAAUAUUAGAGACCGUCUCCCUAAUGUAACACAAAGAGGUUGGAUUAAUUUGGCCAAAAGACCUGUCGGUAACCCUUCAUGGCAAGUAAUAACCAUUGAUGAUGGGAGACAGAUUAAUCCUGAAUUUUUUAAAAUAUUAGAUCAUUCUCAUCAUAAUUUAGAGACUUUGAGGAUUAGAGGUUUCAGUUAUGAUAAUUUACUAAAGGACGAUUCUUUUGAUAGUUUAAAAUUUAAAGAAGCAUGGGUAUAUUAUAAAAAACAUUCCCAGAAUCCCAUUAUUCAUUGGCCUAUUAAAUAUAAUGCUAAAAGACCCUCUAAUGUUAGAGAAGCUUAUGAUGGUUACGAAGGAAGCUAUUAAAAAGAGCAGUAGAAAUGAAAAAGAACCUCAUUAUUUAUUUUAUUUAUUUAUUUAUUUUAUUUAUUUAUUUUAUUUAUAAAUUUAUUUAAUCAAGUUUCUUUUCAUGUUCCAUUUUCAAUUCUUGUAUUUUAAUAUUUGUAUGACUCGUACAUAUAAAAUGACGUAUAAAUAAUUGCUGAUCGCCGGUUUGAACUUAUGUGCGCCCCACUUUAAUUUUUUAAUAUAUGAUGUAAAAAUUAAACAAAAAAGGAAAGAUAUUCAAACAUAUUUAUAACUACCAAGCCUACUAAAAAGUUAGUACAAAUCUUUACAUCAUUAAUCGUCA